AAACGGAAGCUGAAUAACUAAACAGUAAACAAGACCUACACUUUCCCUCUCAGUUUCCUACUCGCCUUCUCCCUGUUUUUCUCUUUCUUUUUAUUUUCUUGUUUCUUUCUUCCUCGUCAAAAGGGGAAUCAUUUAACUCGUUUUCGACGACUCUCCUUCUCUCAGUCAACGAAUUUUCCAGAAAUCUAACUCCCCGUUUGGUUAUUUGAUCACCUUCUCUGCUAAGUUUCUCAUGCGCUGAUCAUAUAGCUCGAGCUCCCUUUCACUUUCACAUCCGAAGCCUUUCAUCUUUUAAAAACAGAGGUAUUGUUUUAUUUCCUGCCAAUUCCUGAUAGCAGCUACAGUGUUUUCCUUUUCUACUUUCAUUAAAAUAAACCAUGAGUAGUUUCAAGUUAGGGGUGGAGGUGGUGGGUGCCCAUGACCUUGUAGCCAAAGAUGGGCAGGGUUCAUCUAAUCCCUUUGUGGAGCUCCAUUUCGAUGACCAGAGAUUCCGCACCACUACUAAAGAAAAAGAUCUCAAUCCAGUCUGGAAUGAAAGUUUCUAUUUCAACAUCUCAGAUCCAAACAACUUAUCCCACCUCCCUCUUGAAGCCUAUGUUUACAACCAUAACAAAGCAAACAAUGUGAAAACCUGUCUUGGGAAGGUUCGCCUCACUGGAACAUCAUUUGUGCCAUACUCUGAUGCAGUUGUUUUGCACUACCCUCUUGAAAAACGAAGCAUUUUCUCCCGCGUAAAAGGAGAGCUUGGUUUGAAAGUAUUUGUUACUAAUGACCCUUCAAUCAAAUCCUCAAAUCCACUUCCAGCUAUGGAAUCCUCUCUGCAUACAGAUGUAGACUCCCAUUAUGCUACAAUACCAAAAUCAGUCCCAAAUUCAUUUCCCAAAGAGAAAACUGACAAAAGACGCACUUUUCAUCAUCUUUCAAAUGCAAACCAGUCACAACAAAAGCAAAAUUUUCCCUCAGUACCACCGCAACAAAUGAAUUCUGGAGUCCAUGAGAUGAAAUCUGGAAAGCAGCCUCCGCAAAUAUUUCAAAUGUUCUCAGGUUCAUCGUCACAACCACUUGAUUAUGCUCUUAAAGAGACAAGCCCAUUCCUUGGAGGAGGACAAAUUGUUGGAGGCCGUGUCAUACGUGGAGACAGGCCAGCCAGCACCUAUGACCUUGUUGAACAGAUGAGAUACCUUUUUGUACGAGUGGUAAAAGCCCAAGAUCUUCCGUCAAAAGAUGUGGCUGGCAGCCUUGAUCCAUACGUUGAAGUAAAAGUUGGAAACUAUAAAGGAAUCACAAAGCAUUAUGAGAAGAAACAAAAUCCUGAAUGGAAUCAGGUGUUUGCCUUUGCAAGGGACACACUGCAGACAUCUGUGCUGGAAGUUAUUCUCAAGGACAAGGAUUUAGUGAAAGAUGACUUUGUUGGGAUCGUGCGCUUUGAUCUCCAUGAGGUUCCCACAAGGGUUCCACCCGAUAGUCCAUUGGCUCCAGAAUGGUAUCGGCUAGAGGACAAGAAAGGAGAGAAAAAGAAAGGGGAACUGAUGCUUGCAGUUUGGUAUGGCACACAGGCUGACGAGGCUUUUCCUGAUGCCUGGCACUCAGAUGCUAUUGCUCCUGGUGAUAGCACUGCAAUUGCCUCCACAUAUAUCCGUUCAAAAGUUUAUCACUCUCCAAGAUUGUGGUAUGUCCGUGUUACUGUUAUUGAGGCACAAGACCUUGUUGCAGCUGACAAGAACAGGUUUCCUGAUGCAUAUGUUAAGGUUCAGCUUGGUAACCAGAUCUUAAAGACAAAAUCGGUUCAACCUCGAAAUUCGAAUCCAAUAUGGAAGGAGGAGUUUAUGUUUGUUGCUUCCGAACCCUUUGAAGAGCAUCUGAUUUUUUCAGUUGAAGAUCGUGUGGGUCCUAAUAAGGAUGAGACGAUCGGAAAAGCUGUUAUACCAUUGAACUCCGUUGAUAGGCGUGCUGAUGAUCGAAAUAUCCGUACCCGGUGGUACAACCUGGAGAAGUCUUUAUCUGAUGCAAUGGAUGGGGAUCAUGCAAAGAAGGAUAAAUUUCAUAGUAGGCUCCAUGUUUGUGUUUGUCUUGAUGGAGGAUACCACGUGCUUGAUGAGUCAACUCAGUAUAGCAGUGAUCUCCGGCCAACAGCAAAGCAGCUUUGGAAGCCAUCAAUUGGUGUUUUGGAACUUGGAAUUCUGAAUGCUGAUGGGCUCCAGCCAAUGAAAACAAGAGAAGGAAAAGGUACAUCAGAUACGUAUUGUGUAGCAAAGUACGGCCACAAAUGGGUUCGUACUCGAACUAUAGUUAAUAGCCUGAACCCAAAAUAUAAUGAGCAGUACACGUGGGAAGUUUAUGAUCCAGCCACAGUUCUCACUGUGGGGGUCUUUGAUAACUGUCAGAUCAGUGGUUCUGAUGGUAAUAAAGAUAUGAAAAUUGGAAAGGUCCGGAUUCGUAUAUCUACACUAGAAACUGGUCGGGUUUACACACACUCUUACCCGCUGCUGGUUCUCCACCCUUCUGGUGUCAAGAAAAUUGGUGAACUACAUUUGGCAAUACGAUUUUCAUACACAUCAAUGCUUAAUAUGAUGUUUCAAUACUCACGACCCCUUUUGCCAAAGAUGCACUACAAAAGGCCAUUGAGUGUGAUACAGCAGGACAUGCUGCGACACCAGGCUGUGACCAUUGUGGCAGCUCGGCUUGGUCGGGCUGAACCUCCACUCAGGAGAGAAGUAGUUGAAUAUAUGUCUGAUGCAGAUGCCCACCUUUGGAGCAUGAGGCGCAGCAAGGCAAACUUUUUACGCCUAACAUCAGUUUUCUCAGGAUUAUUUUCAGUCGGAAAAUGGUUUGGUGAAGUUUGCAUGUGGAAGAACCCUAUUACAACAGUGCUGGUGCAUGUCCUGUUUGUAAUGCUUGUGUGUUUCCCAGAGCUGAUUUUACCAACAGUUUUCCUAUACAUGUUUCUAAUAGGGGUUUGGAAUUAUCGUCGUCGGCCAAGGUACCCUCCUCACAUGAACACAAGUCUCUCUUGUGCAGAUGCAGUUUCUCCUGAUGAACUAGAUGAAGAAUUUGAGACCUUUCCUGCAUCAAGGAGCUCAGAUAUAAUUCGUGUGAGGUAUGAUCGUUUAAGGAGUGUGGCAGGGCGAAUUCAGACUGUGGUGGGUGACAUAGCUACACAAGGUGAGCGGCUUCAGGCACUCCUAAAUUGGCGGGAUCCUCGUGCCACAACUAUAUUUGUGAUAUUCUGUCUUGUGGCAGCAAUUGUUUUGUAUGUGACACCUUUCCAGGUCCUUGCUCUUCUAGCUGGGUUUUACAUCAUGAGGCAUCCCAGGUUCCGCCACAAGACACCUGCAGCACCAAUUAAUUUCUUCCGUCGUCUGCCUGCAAGGACAGAUAGUAUGCUGUGAAUAGGUUGUGGGAUUUGCAGGCAAAUGUCAGUUUUAGAUUCUGGUUGUAAAGCCUUGGUUUUUUUUUGUUGCCUGUUGUAUGUUGGUGAAUGCACUUGGAGCUUUAUGCAUUAAACAUUAGCUUUAUAAAUUCCAAGUUUUGUUCCCAA